GGUAUAGCUUUGACCGCUGGAGAGGACCAGCUUCUCAGCUGCAGACGUCUCUGAAACGCAGCCCGCAGGGGUUUAUCCUCAUCCGGAGGUGGUGCAGCGAUGCCGUGGCGUCUGCCCUCUCAGCUGGACGUCCUGUCCCCGUCUUCCUGUCAGCGCCAUUGCGAGCGCACGGCGUUUGCGUUCUAUUGUGCUGUGCGAGAGCGGCUGCCAGCUUGGCUGCUGGAGGACAUGCGCACCAUGGAGGUCUUCUGCUGGGACGACGGACAGCCACGGGCCUUCCUGCCAUCUGAGGCUCUGCUCUACACACUCGUGCAUGACCACCAGGACUAUGCACGCCACUUACUCAGCAGGUACUCGGUGAGCGCGCUCAGAGCGCCGCGAUGCAGCUUCUGCUGCCGUGUGGGCAGCGGGGCCCAGCACCUGAACGUGGCGGUGCGCUACAACCGUCUGGUGAUCCUGGACAUGAUCCUGGAGACCCUGAAGGACUGCUCGCAGGACGAGCGGCAGCAGUACUUGGACAGCUGCGGCGGCUGCACUCAUGUGGCAGACGCAGGAAAGACUGCGGUGCAGCUGGCGGUGGAGCUGUCGCAGGACAACUGCCUGCUGCUGCUUCUGGCCCAAGGGGCUCGGCCUGCCGGGCUGGACGCCGCCCUGCAGCGGCUCGUCUCCAGUGACGCGUCGGAGCGACAGCAGGCGCAACGCUGCCUGGACCUGCUGCUUCUCUUCCUGUCGAAUCCCUCGCCACCGCGCUGCCUGCAGGAUGAGCCGCAGCGGUGGCAAAGCCUGCUGGGAAAUGAGGUGUUCACCUGGCUGUGUGGGCUGGCCCCGCCUCCCCUCCUGUUUCAGGCGCUGCGCUGUUUGGUACAGUCUGGCUUGGACCCCAUCAGCUCACUGCCGAACUUUUUGCAGCUCCACAGCUGGCAAUGAGAGCAUCAGUCGUCAUGGAAACAACUUUAACAAUUUGUAAAUAGGAUGUAAAUAGACUAAACUGCAUAGCAGCAGGACUCUGAGGAGCAGCUGGACCUGCAGGACAAACAUGGAGGCCGCUCAGACAUGUGAGGCGUCCUGAGCGGCCGUCUGCUGUGAUGAGAUCGAUGUGUCAAAAUAAACCAGUGCUCUGGUC